AUGACCGAUGAUUGGAUCUCCUGGGUGUCAUCUUUCGGACUCAACUAUAAUCAAACUAUCGACGACUUCUUCAACGAGAACGCUCAACUGGUUGGAGAUCCAGGCUUCAUCCACGAAAGGUUCCAACAGCUCUACAUCCUGCUCAAUUAUGUCGACCAGGCGCUCUCCGCUUCGGCUACCCUGCGGGAUUCUUUCAUCGAGCGAAUUGAAGUCCCGCGUCUGAAGGAGAUCGAAAAAUCUAUAUUAUCACAGGAGCGUGUCGCUCGAAGAGUGAGCCUCUUCAAGUCCUUUCUGAAAGAGAGACGCUUUUUGAAUUCAUCAACGAUCGUUGGUUCGGAAUUGGCUCCACAAUAUGGUUGGUAUCUCUUUGAUAACAGGGAGCUUAUAAACCCUAAAACUCGCGCGCCUUUCGACCCUCCUUUGAGUCACUUUGCAAAUUAUCGGGUUCUUCCAUGGGGCGAGCCUUCAAACUACUCCGCCACAAGUACUUUCGGUUUCUGCUAUGACGUAUUGGAGAAUGCUCUACCCGAAAUCGUCAAAGGGUCGAGUUAUGACCCGAAUUAUUGGACGGAGGUCGCUUUUGUGACUGAUGGUAACUGUGGCUCUGCUUGCUCGUUAUUUACGCAGACUCUACAGCUAACAGGAGCUGCAACGGCUUUCACUUUCGGCGGUCUGGCUGAUCAGGCGAUGGAUGUUGCCUCUUUUGGUGGUGGAAACGUUCUGGAAUAUGACGACACAUCCCCUCUGUUGAAUAUUGCCAGCCAUCUCGGGUACUGGGCUACGUUUGGUGAGUCUGACUGGUCGAAGAGGCAUACCAGAACUUGGGUUAACAAGCCGAUACCCUUCCCGAACAGUGCAAGGGUUCGGUACACGUGGAACAUCGGCUCGGCUGCACAACUCGGAUCAGAGUCUUUACCUCGUCAGUUCUACAUUAUACCCCCGCAUAAGCAUUUGAAUAUGUGGGCUCGGAAUCUCGAUGAGAGAGCGGCUGUUCACAAGGAAAUUGUUGGCAUCAAGAACUGGACUCAUGUGAGGAUGAAUCCGCAGUUCGCUGACUUAGGUGAUUGCCCAGCCUAUCAUAAUGCUUGAGCGAUGUGAUACUCGUUCUAUUUAUUUCACGCAGAUGCGAAAAGUCUUUUUUGUCUUCUCACUCAUGUAGUCGCUAUAGCUGUCAUUCACAAGAACAAUUUAACUAUACUCGGAAAAUGUUCAGCAACGCAGCAUCUCCCGCUGUUGCUCCUUUCGGAAUGGUCAAGCUCAAAUAUCAAUGUAGAACACACAUUUCAAGUAAA